AUGAUCCAGCCUCAGGACCCAACGUUGAUCCAAUCUUCUCUGCCCGUUCCUGUCAUUACUCGUAUCAGUAACUCUUCAAACUCUUCAUCAUCAUCAGAAAGAUUAUCAAACUCAAAAUGUGUGUUGUUGUGUUCAGUGUUGAAUGUGAGAGAUGUGAGUCUGUCCUGGUACAAAGGAAACAGUUUAUUGUCCAGCAUCAGUGUGUCUGAUCUCAACAUCAGUCUCUCUCUACCUCUGGAGGUUGAAUAUCAGGAUAACAACACAUACAGCUGUGUGGUGAACAAUCCCAUUACAAACCAAACUCAACAUCUCAACAUCACUCAUCUCUGUCAGCCAUGUUCAGACUUUGGCCAGUGUUUCAGUUUUACUGAAGCUGUUAUCCGAUUCGUCCUCUCAGCUCUGGUGGGUGUGGCCACUGUUGUUAUAGUGGUUUAUGACAUCAGAUCCAGAAGAGAUGAAAAAAAUCAGUGAGACCAGACAUCACACUCAGACCCGGACUGAUGCAAAUGACUAUGGGGUGGUUUCCCGGACAGGGAUAAAGCUUUAUUACGAGACUAAAAAAAUUGAAGAGCUGUCAAAUCUGAAAAAAACUUGCACUGACAUCUUAAAAUACACCAGUGCCCUUUGUUUUGCUUAAAAAUGCAUACAAGUAAUGUUUUUAUUGAGGCAUGUUUGUUCAAACUAGUUAUAUUUUCUAAGGGCUAGUCCUGGCUUAAGCUAAUACGGGAAACCACCCCAAUAAAACUUUUCUCUUGUUUGCUUUAAUUCCGAGUUUUUUAAAUAAUGCUUUUAAAGUUUAAGAAAAGAAUAAUAAACAAUUCUCAGCAAAUGUCAUUACAUAUUUUUUGCAUUAAAUGUUAUAUAAUUCAUGUUUCUAUAGUGUAAUAUGUUAUUGAUUUACACUUUUAUUGCUAUUUUUAACCCCUUCAGUUGUGUGCUAUUCGCUACAACAUUAUCCUUGAAUACCUUAUUGCUUACCUUAUAAUUUGAAGUUUAUUAUAAUAAUUUUAUGUUCAUUUUAUGAUUCUUUGUAGAUCUUAAUCUUUUAUCUUUAUUUAAUCUCACAGAAAGCUCUGGUCCUAGUUUUAAAUUCUGCAAGCUUGAUUUCUCUUGGUGAAUUAAAUGUAGACUAAAUACUAUAAUGUCUGUAAUCCUUCAAUAGCACAAUAUUUCAAAGUGUCUUUAACAUGACACAAAUAUGUUGUGGGAAGUAUGGUGGGCCUUCUACCACAGCAGGCAAAUUAUAUUACA